AGCCGUGAGAAGAGGAUGGCAGCCCAGCUGGACCGUCUGCAGCAGGUGUACCCGGUGUCGGUGCGGCAGAUAAAGGAGCGGCUCCAUGCGCUGCGUAAGCCCGCCCAGGCCACCCAGGGGCGCAGGACGCCGCUGGCCGUGAGGCACGAGGCAGCCGCCGAGGCAGACGACGCCGAAGCCCACGGCAUUCCGGAUGCCAAGAAACAGGAGAGGGGCGAGCUUGCCCUUGGGGACACUCCGGGGGCUACCGCGGUACUCCCCGCCGUGAAGAGGCCCAGCCGCAAGCCUUCGCCCCCUCCCCCACCCGUCCGACCCCCCGAAACUCCGGAGGCCCCGCCCGCCGCGGGGAGUCCGGACCAACGAACGACGAAGACGAGAACCUCGCGCCACCGCUCGACGACGCCCCCGUCUCGAUCGCGUGGCUCUUCACCCGCGCGCCGCCGCAGCCCGUCUCCGGCACCGGAGUACCCUCCCGGAGUGAUGGAGUCGAUCCGCCGGAGGGUGCUGCAGGUCCGCAGGGGCGCCAGGCUCUACCUGCUCUGCCAGCCGGGUCCGCGCUCCUUCCUGGUGGCCGCCGACCAGCCGGACCAUCGGUUCAAGGUCGUCGUCGGACCACAGACGUGCACCUGCGGCAAGGGGCCACUCUGCGUGCACCUGCUCUUCGUGAUGCUGAGGGUUCUCAAGGUGCGCGACUCGGACCCCCGUCUGUUCAGCAAGACCCUCAAGAACUACGAGGUGGACGAGCUACUGCGGGCCUACUCUGCCUGGAGGCGCCGCUCGUCCCUCCAAUCGGAGGGCGGCUCUAGCGACCUCCGAUCUCCCGACGGACCACAGCCAGAUCUCCCGGGCGAUCCAAACCCAGGCGGGGCCGAGGAAGCCAGCCAGGACACGGAAGAAGACGAGAAGAGCACGUGUCCCAUCUGCCUGCUGGAGAUGUUUGAAGGGGAGUCGCUGGUGUCCUGCGAGAGGGGCUGCCAUAACAGGCUACACCACCACUGCAUCGCCAUAUGGGCCCAGGAGUGCUCCCGCAACGGGGAUCCCGUCCUCUGUCCGCUUUGCCGCUGUUGUUGGAGUGAUGACUGCACGCCUCCACCCGACAAGCUCGUUUCGUCGGGGCCAGAAGAUGAAUUCGACCUGCCUGCACCGCCCUGCCCCCUGCACUGCCUCUUGCGCCGUGCGUCAGACGCCCCGCCCCUGCCGCGCCCUGUCGGCGCCGGCAGCGUCCCGGCAUCGGCGUCCCUGCUUGCGCGGUUCUUCGGCGUGGAGGUGGCACUGUGCAUGGCGUCGGCGUCGUGGUCAGAGCGCGAGGCGGCCAUUCAGGAGGUUGAAGCCCAGGUGACGCACGCCCUGCGGCUGGCCCUUUCUAACCCCUCCUGCCUGGACCCCUGGGGGGGAGCCGAAGUGGUGCAGGCUGCCUGCUGCCAGGUGGUGGCCGCUGGCAUCGCCGACCCAGUCUACAGGGUGUAUGUCACCGCUCUGCGCUGCCUCAAGUCGAUGCUGGUGCACAGCCCGUGCCACAUCUUGGAGGACCUGCGGAACCUGCAGAGCCGGGUCAGGAACAUCGUUAGGGCCAUUCUCGUCAAGUGCGCCAGUGGCGGAAACAAGAGAAGCCGCCAGCUGAGCCUGGCAACCCUGGCCGAACUGGCCAAGGGGCAGACGGGAGCGCUGUCUGUGGGGAGCCUGACCAACUACCCAGCCCCCGACGGCCUGGGGGCCGACUUCCUGCUGGAGGUGGUGCUGUUUGAGGGCAAGCUGACGCCCACAUGGCAGGGCCUCCUCAGCCAGCUGCUGGUGCUUCAGCGCCUGGCCGAGGAGUUUCCCCGCGUGCUGGCCUCCCCCAUCAUCGCGACGGGCACCAGCAACGCAGAUUCCAUCGUGGCCGUCGACCUGGCUGUGAAAGCGCUGGGACACAGCCACGCAACGGUGGUGCGCCACGGGCGGGAGCUGCUGGCAAGCCUGGCGCGCAUCUGCGGCCGCUGCCCAACCACAGUGGCCCACAUCUGGGACGGCGUGGCCUCCCUGCAGGGACACCUGCGCGCGCAGCUGGUGCGCAGGGUGGGUGCCGCGCUCCAGGAGACCAGGAACCUGCGUCUGGUUUUCGGACAGCCCCCGCCAGACCGCCUCCAGGAGGCUAACCUUGUCCGUGAACGUCUCCUGCACACGAGGGACUCCCGUGGCGGCAGCAAGGUGUCCUCGCCGGGGUGCCAGUCGCCCCACAGCGCCAGCCCGUCCCGCAUGCCCACCUUCCAGCUGCCGCCUCCUUCCAUAGACCCCGAGCUCUUCCACCACCUCCUGCCAGGUGGCAAGCCGUGCACCGAUCGCGACCAGCGCUCCGGGGCGAGCACUCCGCAACGCGACCUGGCGCCGCCUCCGCGGCGACCGUGCUCGUCGCCCUCGAUCGAGCGGAGGCUCCGCGAGAGCCUCUUCUCCUCGGGACGCUCCUCCUGGUCCUCCGGCUCCUCCGAGACGAAGAACGACGGCACGGACUCCAGGCGGAGCGCACUCUCGCCCCCUCCUCCGCUGCGCGUCCUCCGCGGCCACCGCCCCAACUUCCUGCCCCUGCGGCGCCUGGCCUGCUCGCUGUCCCUGGGACAUGCGACGUCCUCGUCCCAGACGUCGCCGGGUAGCGUCGGGGACGUCGGGUCGCCAGUGUCGUUUGCGGCCGAGAUCGAGGCCCUCUCCUGCGCCCUGCCCCCAGAGGAGGACGGAGAUGUCCCGCCCAAUCGGGGUGUGACCACAAACCCUGGGUCACCCACCAACACGGCGGGAUUCACGCACUGCGGGGACACGACUCCCGGCUACUGCGACGCAGCCGACAUGCAGGACGAGGAAUUCAUAGUUUUCAGACCUCUGACGGAGCUUCCGAUGUGCCCGAGCCGCGGGGAAGGCGGGCGCCGACGCUAUUCCGAGGGAGAGCACUGGCGGCGAGGUCCCCUGCUGGGAUCAGGAGCCUUCAGUUCGUGCUACCAGGCGGUGGACAUUACCCUUGGCACGCUGCUGGCGGUGAAGCAGAUGUCGUUCUGCCGCAACUGCCGGGAAGAGGAGGACAGUGCGGUGGCCAGCAUGUGGGACGAGAUCCAGAUGAUGGCACGCCUGGGACACCCCAACGUCCUGCCACUGCUCGGGGCCACGCGCCACAUGAACCACUACAAUGUCUUCGUGCAGUGGAUGGCUGGCGGAUCGGUGGCAUCCAUGCUGGACCGGUACGGACCCUUCUCGGAGUCGGUGAUCCUCCGCUACACCCACCAGGUGCUGGGUGGCCUCGCCUACCUGCACCAGAACCACAUCCUGCACCGGGACCUCAAAGGUGCCAACCUGCUGGUGGACGGUACCGGGCGCCACCUGAAGAUUGCCGACUUCGGCUCGGCCAGUCGUCUCUCGAGCAAGGCCACGCUGGCCGGAGAGUUUCAGGGCCAACUCCUGGGCACCAUCUCCUUUAUGGCACCCGAGGUGCUGCGCGGGGAAGACUAUGGCCGCUCGUGCGACAUCUGGAGCGUGGGCUGCGUGAUGAUCGAGAUGGCCACCAACGCUCACCCCUGGAGCGAGAUCAUGGCUCCCAAUCACCUGGCCCUCAUCUACAGGAUCUCGUGCGCAAGAUCGCCCCCGCCGGUGCCGGAGAGCCUGACCCUGCCGACCCAGCACCUGGUGCUGCGCUGCCUCCAGCUGCGUUCGCAAGACCGACCUCCCGCCGGCGACCUCUUGUCCCAUCCGUGCUUCCGCAAGAUCGGCCUCUGCCCCAUGAAGGACCCCUGAGCGCGAGACUACCUCCUCCCCCCCUUCCUUUCUUUUCUCCUGCCCCCGCUUUGCUGCUCUCUCUUUUCUGCUUUGACGAAGACGAGGCUUGCGAGAGCACGCUCGAGAAACCCCACUACUGGACUCGCAAGAAGUCUUCGCUCCCGUUUGCACGAGGCGUCGGAUCAUUGUUGCGGCCCCGCGUAAAGGGGUGGACCCAGGCUCCGAGCAAACUUCUCUAGAAUGCGCGGCGGAAGCUGCGGCCCCGAGCUCUCGCACCCCGCGGUCACGAAGGACGCUUUAGCUACCUUUCGAGGCCAUGUGCUCGCGACCGCCGUCUCCGCCGUAUAUUUCGAGUUAGACGGGUUGUGACCCACUGCAACUGCCUCGACGUUGAAGACUGCGUCGAGGUGGCUUGUGUGUCGAUUCAAGUGCUACCAUUGUUUUCGUUGUUUUUUUUAUGUAAAAUUUGUUUUAUGGUUUUACGAAACCUAGAUUUCGGUUACGACUCGGAAACAAGAUUGGGGUGUUUUCACCAUUCUUAAACGGGUGCGGGAGUGCAGUCUUGGGAUUUCCCGGCUUUCCGGCUUUUAACUGCUUGUGCCGCUUUCGGCCAACCUUUGUUUUAUGUGCGUGCCAAAAAGAGAGAAAACACACAAAAAAGUUCUAGUGUCGAGGUCUACAUAUAUUUUUUGGGAGCACAAUUCAAGUGCUGGUCCUUUUUUUUUAUAGUAUGUCUAACCCAGACCUGUAUCCGACCCCGACUUCUCAUAAAAACCUCUGGUCAGGGGUCGCAAAAGCGGCGGCGGCACGAUCUCGGCAUUCGUUGCGCGCCCGGAACGUGGUUUUCCGGCGGCGAAAAACGAAGCUUCUCCACUUGGAUUUCACAGGUCGGGACGCGGUUUCUAACUUUAAUGAGUGCGAUUGGCAGAGCUCAGUGAAGAAUCUCCACCGCCGAAUCGCGACAUCGAGCCGCCGAGCGUGGAUUUGCGUGUGUUUGUGCCAAGUGGCUGCAGUACCUACACCUAGUUGUCCCACUUUGUUUAGCUGCAUUUUAUUUUGUCUCCCCUUUACGGCACAUGGCUGCAUCGCCCAGUAGCAUGCUUGCAUGAACUCACUUAGUUUUGUGUAUCAUUUUUUUUUUUUCUUUUAUCGCUCAUCAUUAUAUGCGGACAACAUUUUGCCACCUCGCGCCUUCAUUUUUCAACCCCGUGGAACAAACUCGUUUGUUCGUGUCACUUGGAAUUCAUCUCUAGGAGGAAAAAGCAAGGACCAUCCGCCGCAUUUUUCUGCGCGGGUACUUACGACCGAGACACUUUUCAACGGUCAGCGAGACGAAAACGUCCGCGCAGCGAACAAUGUUGGAUGGUUUUCUUUGAUGGAAGAGCGUUUUUCCGCAUUCAUAACCUAUUUAUUGCAAUUUCAUUUUGAUUUCCUGGUGAAAUUCAAGUUUCGAGGGACCAAUUUCAGGGACGAGAAAAAGAGCAUCGACUUUACGCGUCCCGCGCGAAAACCUCUCCUCAAAUGCUUUUUUCUUUUCGUAACGUGGUUCCCGCCGUCUCGCGGUAAAGCAAAGUCGUCUCUGUGGUUAACGUCGUUUUGUAGUAUUGGUUUACCGGGAAGCCACUCAUCAUCACCAUUGGGCAACCUCAUUUAUUUAAAUUAUAUGUUCUGUCUUUUUUAUAUAUAUAUAUAAACAUCCGGUCAUUCCCUUGUUUCAUUUUUUUUUUUUCCCAAACGUUUUAGUACAUUUUUUGUACGGGACGUAGCGUGCGUCUCGUUGUUCAAAGCGCACAGGUUCAUUUCUCGCGAGUAUUUCAUGGCAAAGGUUCUUGUGCCAACCGACGAUGAUGAAAAAAAAAAUUGGGCAAUUGGGCUUUUUGAAUUUUUGCGUUUAAAGGAAACGGACAAAAGAAUGAGAAAUGCCUAAAAAAAGAGUUGCAUUUAUUUUGUCGCACGACUACAAGAUGCAAGGGAGUAGUUCUUGUUUUACACGUACGUGCAUUUGUUCCAAGAUCAGUACCUGAGAUUAAUUGAAGAGUGCCUUCAUCCAGUGUCUGCCUUUGGCUGCUGGAAGCAGUAUUUUUAUAAAUCCACUGCAUUUGUUAGUUGGAACUUUUCUUUUUUCAAUGUGUGCACAUGCCCUUCAAUAUAUUGGGGGGGCCAUACAGACAGUUGAACUGUGAGUGCCAACAAUAAAAAGAAACGUUUUUAAAA